CCCAGCUGGGUUUGAUGCUGCAGUCUUAACGCUCCUUCAGACUGAUACUGACACACAGACACACUGUGUGUGUGUGUGUGUGUGCUGGCAUGCGGUGUUUUGCGCUCGUGUUGAAGGUCGUGCUGUCACUGCUGGGCAGUGAGAUGACCGUGGCUCAGCUCUCGUGUCCUGAGGUGUGUUCCUGCGCGGCCGGUGUGGUGGACUGCAGUAAACGCGGCCUCACCACAGCCAGCCUGCCCUCCUCCUUCCCUUCACAUACCACCGAACUCCACCUGAACGACAACCACCUGACGGCUCUGCCCAACGGCCUGCUGGACUCACUGCCCGCCCUGCGCCUGGCCGCUCUCCACGGCAACCCGUGGUCAUGUGACUGCGGCAUCCUUUAUCUGAGAGGCUGGCUGCUCAAACAGAGAAACAACACUUCCAUACGGAACGUCAGCUGCAGUUCUCCUGCUCACCUGCGGGGGCGCCUGCUCACGUAUCUGUCCGAGCAGGAGCUGCUGGAUUCCUGUCGUUAUUGGCUGUGUAAUCUGGCUCUGGCCUCUCAGAUCAGCCUCUUCAUCUUCAUCACCGUGCAGGUGCUCCUGCUGGCCUCUGUCAUCCUCUUCCUCCGGCGGUUUGAGCUGCUCACCCGGGAGGCGAGGCGCACGGCCGCGGAGAGCUUCACGGCGGAGGAUGAAUACGCCAUGUUAAAAGACAGGAGCUUGUAGGACGAGACGGUCUCAAACCAGACCAAAAGGAACUGUGUUCAUUUCAUUGUAAUAAUUUUGCACAGUUCAUUUUUAUUUGUCAUAUAAAAUAAAAUUUCCCUUUUAUAUAUAUCUCCUUUUUAAUUGCUUUUUUGUGUGUGCAUACAGUGAAGCAAAAAAACUGCUUAACUUAGUUUAGACAACCAAAUAUGUACUGUAAAAAUAAAGAAUAAAUCCCUUUUUUUUAAUGAAUAUUAAAAAACGUGAACACAUCACUCCAUCCUUGGUCUCUCUACACUGGCUUCCUGUACAGUAGCCUAGCGUAUAUGAUUGAUUUUAAGCUUCUUUUAUAGUGUAUAAAUCUUUGCAUGGCCUUGCACCGGCUUAUUUAUCAGAUCUGCUAAUUGAGUAGCAGACUGGAAGAACACUGAGAUCAACAACUCAAAAAAAUUUUUUUUUUUUUGCUUUAUUAAUUCAAUGCCACAAGAACAUGAGGUGUUACAUAUUCACAUUAUCAAAUUAACAUUAUUAGCUGCCAGAGAAAAAAAAAGAAAGAAAAUGACAUAAAGUUCAAUGCUUUCACUUUCAGAGCAUUACAUGUUUUCAAUGCUUUUUUGUUUUUUGUUUGUUCUAAGAGAUUUACAUAUAAUUUAAAGUCAUUUGUAAAAUGUGCAAAAUUUGGUUUACAUUGAGCCCACUUCUUCUAACAACUCAAAAUGUACUUUUCGUACGAUUAGUAGCACCAAGACUUUGGAAUAGCUUACCCUUACAUGACGCUGACUCUGUACCUACAUGUUUUUAAAAUACAGAUUAAGACACACUUGUUUGUCAUGGCGUAUUAUUCUUGUUGAUAAU